CUUGUCGACAAGAGAUGCUGCACUUUGACAAUGCCUCGAGCACUCAACUGUAUCUCAAUUAAAACUGAGUUGCUUAGCAGAGAUCACGGCUCCAUAGUUUGGCCUCUUGUCACUUGCCGAUCGACGUUCAUCAAGUACAGCUAAUAUUCAUGGCUCGCAUCGAACAUUUAUUAAGGCGCUUUUUACAGAGAAGCCUUGCUAGUCCCAAAAUUGUAGCUACAUCACACAAAUACUCCUUUGCCACUCACAUUUUUACGUCUCACGGGCCCUUUAAGCUCGAUAACGAACCGAGCUUGUUGCGCAGACGUAACUUAAGAACAAUGUCAACUCAAAUGAAGGACCCGUACCUGCGGCAUCUAUUUGACGGUGACCCUGCUUGGAAUGUCUACAGUAAAGGCGUGAUCAACCUUUCAGUGGGUGCGCCAGGCCCUGAUCUGCUGCAGAAGUGCACUAGCCUACUAGCCAAAGCAACCAAACAUAGACUGGAAGAAGAGGAGAAAGAGGGAAAAUAUUAUCUAUUUCAAUACGGAGCAACACCCGGCUUGUGGGAAUGUCGCGAAGAGCUAGCUAAGUUUUUGACCCGGCGUUACGGCGAUCCAGUUGCCCGUGAAAAUUUAAUACUAACUUGCGGAGCUACCCAUGGACUUCAGUUGAUAUUGACCAGCAUUCUGGCACCCGAUGCUGUCAUUUUCGUGGACGACGUCACUUAUAUGAUAGCACUCGAGGCUUUCAAACAAUUUCCCUUGAAACGCGUUAUAUCAGUUCCGAUGAAAAAUGAUGUGGUCGACUUGGACGCUCUUGAAAUAUUGGUGAAGCAAGAAACGCUGAAAACAUAUUCUUUGGGAAAUGACAAGAUAUUUUGGGCUAUGUACUACACGGUGCCGACAUUCCACAAUCCCACUGGGAUGAGCAUAUCUCCUGACAUGUGUCAGCGACUAGUGAAAAUGGCACGAGAAAAUUCGUUUACCGUAGUCUGUGAUGAUGUUUAUAAUCUUUUACAUUAUCAAGCUGAAUAUCCCCCCCACAGACUUUUCAAUUACGAUAAUCCAAAAGAUCUAGAUUACUGUGGAGGCAAUGUUAUUUCGAAUGGAUCGUUCUCGAAAAUUCUUUCGCCAGCGAUUCGUGUCGGUUGGCUCGAGUGUGGUCCACGAGUUGUCAAUAUCUUGAAGGAAUCAGGAGUUUUAAAAAGUGGAGGAGCUGUCAACCAUUACGUUUCCGGAUUAAUCGCCAGUAUUUUGCAUCUUAAACUCGAAGAUGAAUACUUGGAUAAUCUGAUCAAGAUAUACAAGGAACGUAUGACAGCUCUGUGUGAUGUACUCGACCGUAAUUUACCUCGCAAUUGUUCUUACCGACACCCUCAAGGCGGAUAUUUCGUCUGGAUCAAGCUUCCUGAAGAGCUGGAUUCUCUACCGUUUAUGAAAUGGUGUCAAGAAGUACACAAAGUUUCGGCUAUACCUGGGGCCAGGUUUUCAAAUCAUGGCAAGUCAAAAAACUAUAUAAGAGUCAGUAUUGCAUUUCACAACGUUGAAAACAUCAGAAAAGCAGCUCUAUUACUCUGCAAUGCCAUCACAGAAUAUGCAAAAGUUAAAAGUAGCCUGUGAAGUUAUGAUACUAGGAGACAUAUUCUA